GUUAGACUAGCCUAGAGACUUAAAACUUAUACAUAUUAUAGAAGCCUCAGUGUCAAAAUGGAAGACCACAGGAACAUAACUAAUGACUCCCAACUGCCAAUUGAGACACAUUCUAAAGGCUCUUCAUCGUAUACGCAAAACUACAUCAAUUUCUUGUUAAUGUUAAUCUUUGCCACUCCUGUAUUGAUUGUUUGCUUUUCACGCUUUUUCGGAAAAUUGAAAAGAUUUGCGUUACAGCAGUUGCAGCAAAUGCUAACAAAAACAAGAUCCAAAGACAAAGUUGGUCAAACUGAGGAAAUCGAGGUUGAAGGAAAGGAAAUUAUAUACCAGAUGACUAGUACAAUACCUGGAAAAGUAAUAAUAAUUAAUAUUAAAAAGUUUUACAAUUCGGACGGUACUAUCAAGCGAACCAGAAUAGGGUCUGAAAUUGAUGUUAAGAAUCUAAAAAGAAUAUUUCAGAAAAUUGGCAUGGAAGUUGACACUCAACCAACAUUGACAACUAAAGAUAAAAUAGAGAAAUAUUUAAAUAUUUGCUCAGAAGAAGAUUAUUCGGCAUAUAACAUGCUAGUUUUGGUCGUCAUGUCUCAUGGAGGUCAAGAAAAAGUUCAAGCAGAAGGACACGGUGAAAAAAUCAAAUUAAACAAAUUUGUACAUGCUUUUCAAGUUAACAAGUCAUUACAAAAAAAACCUAAAAUAUAUAUUUUUCAAUGCUGUAGAGGUAAACUUCGAAACACGAUUCCUAUACCAGCAAGUCAUAAUCUUGAUGAUAAUUGUGACAGUGAUGAAACUACACAAACUACACAAUUAGACGAUAGUGUUAUGAUCUUUUCGACAAUUGAAGAUCAUGUAUCAUACCGUUUCUCUACGGGAUCGUGGUAUAUAGACUCUUUGUGUGAGGCAUUUACACAGAUCGGAAAGUCAGGUGAAAUUUGCCAAAUUUUAACUUUAGCCAACUGUUUCGUGAGACAAAGGGAAAAACAGAAUAAGCAAAACGAGAUAGAAAAACAGACAUCGGAAUUUACAUCACAUCUUACAAAGAGUCUUUUCUUUAACAAUUCACCUGACAAGAUGCCAAUAACAAAAGUUCUCGAGUCAUACAAUAUGGAUGGUCUGAAGCCUGGUAAAGCUAUCAUCAUACACAUAAACACAUCUCACGAUAAACCUCAAACAGCUAUUUUUAAAAGAAAUGAAACUGCGAGUACUAUAAAUAAACUUAGUUAUGUUUUACGACAAGAAAGAAAAAUGGAUGUAGAAGCCUUUUUUGUAACUUCAAGGGAAGAAAAAAGAAACAUUUUGUUGAAGUAUGCUGAUGACAAUUACAUCAACCACGCUACGUUUAUGUGUAUUGCGCUGAUGGAUGAUUGUGUUGAUACGCAAAACCUCAUGAAUGAAAUGGUCAAUUUAUUUGACGCAUCAUCUGGGCUUCAAGGAAAACCAAAGAUUUUUCUAUUCUAUUCGAGCGAUGCCUGUGCAUCUUAUAACGGUACAAAUGCAAAUGAAAGACAGAAAAAUGAGUCACUAACUGAACCAUAUUUAGCCGAUAGUCUGGUAGUAAUCGCUUCAGCUCCAGCACACAAUACAAGUUGUGACGCAAAAACAUUACAGUGUUUCUUACAACAGUUGUGCAAUGCUUUUGAAAAAUAUUCAAACAAGGAAGAGAUUUGUGAGUUUAUGACAAGACUGAAGAGAUCUAAUUGCACGCAAAGACACACAGAAAGCCAAACAUUUGCGACAUGUUUUACUUCGAGGUUAAGUAAAAACUUGUACUUUCCCAUUGAAAAAGAAGUCAGAUUUGUAGACGGUGAGAACUUGGAGAGCUGGAUCCAUUGCACCAAACACUCUCAACAUACAGACUUUAUAUCCGUGCCCAGCUUUAGCCUCGACCAUCUGCCUGAACCCUUCAAGGAUGCUGACAUUGUCAGGGCCAUCGUUUUGUUGGCAGGACUGACAGUUAAAAUACAAACGUUCUGCGCUAGUGAGGCCAGACCAGACAGCCAUAACGGCAUACCCUACCCCAGGUACAGCCCCUCUCAAAUUGUUUCUAGACUGGGGACAGGCAAAAUACAUUCCAUCAGUGUUUACCCAGAGGAUGGGGAAGAACAUUGCCGGUGUAAGACAUGUGAAAAAGAUCAAACCAUUACCAAAGCAUGGGGCAAAGUGUCGAUUCUUACAGCCAAGCAUGUUGUGUUUGAUGAAGUUGAAGCUAAGAGUACACGUUGUUUUUGGGCGUACGACAAGGAAAACUGUACUUCGAAGAUAUUUGAAGGUAUCGGCAUUAGGAAAACAGCCCUCGAAUAUGAUAUGUGUUUAUUUGAAUGCGCCACACAUCAGAUAGGUUUGUUAAAGAGUUUAAAGGUCACGCUAGAGAGUUACACGUCAUUGUGUUCACGAGUUUACGAAAAAUUUAAGCAUAAACCGGAUAAAAACUUGGCUAUUGUAGUCUCCCAUCCUCAUGGGUGGGCCAAGCAUGUCUCCAUUGGGAAGGUUGUUACAAAAGAUAAACUGGAGAACGAAGAUACCAGAUACACCUAUGACGCCCACACCUGCCCAGGGUGCAGUGGCGCACCUGUGUAUGUGCUGGAGAAGAAAUAUGGUUGGUGGACUACACACCUGCAUAGUGCAUCAAUAACUGGGGGUAGUAUCAGUGGGAGGGCGUGGAUGUAAAUGGUGGACCACACACCUUCAUAGUGCAUCAAUAACUGGGGGUAGUAUCAGUGGGAGGGCGUGGAUGUAAAUGGUGGAGGCAUCAGUGGAUGUAAAUGGUGGAGGCAUCAGUGAAUGUAAAUGGUGGAGGCUUCACUGGAAGAGUGUGGAUGUAAAUUGUGAGACAUCAGGGGAAGGGUGUAGAUGUAAAUGGUGGAGGCAUCAUUUGAAGGGGUUGUUGAUAUUUACAUCACUGAUGAAAAAUCAAUGGUAUAUUAUUAUUAUCUAUUGGAUCCGUCUUUAUGAGACAGUUUUGUUUGCUUUUACUUUUCAUUAAUGUUUAUUUGUAGAAUUAUCUAAGUAUUUAAUAGUAUGGUUUGAGUUAGAUUUGAUACACAUUUUGAAUACAUUUUUGUUAGAAGUUUUGAAGAUUUAUAAGUUGAUAAUUAUUAUUACAUUUAUUUCGUGUUUGAAGCUUUUUGAAAGCUCUGGUGGGCAACCAUUGUGAUUAUGAUAAUUGUUUUGCACAAGAACGUA